AUGACUGCGCCAGUUGGUUCGGCCUUCGGAGGCUACCUCCAAGCAGCUGUGUACAAGAGUUUAGAUGGUCAGCAUGGGCUAGCAGGCUGGAGAUGGCUCUACAUUGUCUGUAGGCUUAUUCUUCCCGGCACUCCAUAUACGACAAAAGCUUGGUUUCUCAAAGAAGAAGAUAAGCAACUAGCAAUUGAGCGAGUCCGGAAAGCAGGCAAAGCAGCACCGGCAAAAAUCACGCUCAGAACGUUCAAGCGUAUACUGACUCGAUGGCGAUGGUAUGCCUUUGUCCUCGGAUACGUGCUUUAUGGAUCAUCGUGCGGUGCCAGCGACUACUUUGGCAUCUGGCUGAAGUCCGAGGGUUUCUCGGUUGUCAACUGUAAUCUGAUCCCAACAGGUACGAAGCUGAUUUCUGGGUUCUGCAUCGUCCUUUGGGAUUCCUUUUCGACUACAUAG